GUUAUCCUCGGAUUCUCGCUGAGCAUCGUGACACAUGGCGAGCAGAGCAACCACAGCCAGGGGUGCGCUCCCGCCUUAUCCACUUCUUUGGUUUUCGCGCUAGAUGCUCUGCAAACUCGCCAAACCCUCAGCGUUUCCCGGGGCCCAGACGAACAGAGGCAAACCGAGGCAUCCAUCACCUCGGCAGAACGCCAGAACCCAUACGCAACUCGCAGUCGCAGCGACCGUCCGCUCGCUCCCGCCUUUCGUUUGCCCCGCCGCCUCUAUCCUUUCCUCGACUCCUCCGCAUCCACCACCUGUUCGACCCAGCACCGGAGAGUCCCCACCCACCCAAUGGCGACCGCCACCGCGGCCGUAGCGCCGCCGUCCACCUCCACCUCCUCGGUCCUCCUGCGCCGCCGGCUCCCUUCCCCGGCGCCCGCGUCCGCGUCCGCCGCCUUCCCCCGGCUCCCCGGCCCGCCCCCGCCCCCGCCGCGCCGCGCGCGCCUGCUCCUCCUCCAGGUCGCGCUCACCAGCGAGGUGGCCUCGGACGACGUGGCGGCCGAGGAGGCCGCGGCCGCGCCCAAGAUCGGCAGGCGGGUGCGCGUCACGGCGCCGCUCCGCGUCCACCACGUCAUCAAGGCGCCCGACCUGGACGUCCAGGGCAUGGAGGGCGUCGUCAAGCAGUACGUCGGCGUGUGGAAGGGCAAGCGCGUCACCGCCAACCUGCCCUUCAAGGUCGAGGUCCAGCUCGCCGUCGAGGGCCAGCCCAAGCCCGUCCGGUUCUUCGUCCACCUCCGUGAGGACGAGUUCGAGUUCGUCGAUGGGGAGUGAUGUGACGGGCGUCAGUCAGAGCGCGUCCGAGUUAACCGUUCUUAUAGAUUAUAGAAUAAUCAUGGCCGCGGCGGUCGCUUGUGUCUUGUGUAUAUUGUUCCGGCGGGGUAGUAAGCUUGGGAGUGGCAAAUGUUUCAGCUGUUGGGAAUUGUUCGGAGUUAUAAUAGUGAUCAUUUUGCCGCUGUUUGUCGACUA